GUCAUCCGGCUGUUAGUAAUAAGUCUGUGGAACACGGCUUUGGGUUUAAGGUGGGGAAUCUAACUUAGUUUACUGGAGGAGUGUGUACAUCCGUGCACAACUAUGAAACUGUUGUGGAUUAUUGGCCUUCUAUGUGCCUUAUUGGCAUUCUCAUGUGUAAGUGCUGAAGAUGAUGUGGAUAUCGGUGCUGCUGUAGAAGACGAUCUGGGCAAAAGCAGGGAAGGAUCAAGAACAGAUGAUGAAGUCGUUCAAAGGGAGGAAGAAGCAAUACAGCUUGAUGGAUUAAGUGCUGCCCAAGUCAAAGAAAUUCGAGAGAAAGCAGAAAAGCAUGCAUUUCAGGCAGAAGUUAAUAGAAUGAUGAAAUUAAUCAUAAAUUCCAUUUAUAAGAAUAAGGAGAUAUUUUUGAGGGAGUUGAUAUCUAACUCUUCUGAUGCUCUGGAUAAGAUCAGACUGCUGUCACUGACUGACGAAACUGCACUGGCAGAAAAUGAAGAGCUAACAAUAAAAAUAAAGUGUGACAAAGAGAAGAAUAUGAUUCACAUAACUGACACUGGAAUUGGUAUGACCAAAGACGAAUUGAUUAAAAACCUUGGUACAAUUGCAAAAUCUGGUACAAGUGAGUUCUUAAACAAGAUUAAUCAAAUGCAGGAGGAGGGCCAGUCAACAUCUGAAUUAAUUGGGCAGUUUGGUGUUGGAUUCUACUCUUCCUUCCUUGUUUCGGACAGAGUUAUUGUGACAUCCAAGCACAACAAUGAUACACAGUACAUCUGGGAGUCUGAUUCAAAUGAAUUUUCUGUAAUUGAAGAUCCUCGUGGAAAUACCUUGGGCCGUGGUACCACAGUCAGUUUGGUCUUGAAGGAAGAGGCUUCUGAUUUCCUUGAACUGGAGACCAUAAAAACCUUAGUAAAGAAAUAUUCUCAGUUUAUCAACUUCCCUAUAUACGUUUGGACCAGUAAGACUGAAACUGUUGAUGAACCAGUUGAAGAGGAAGAAACUAAAGAGAAAGAUGAAGAUACCGAUGAAGAAGCAGCUGUUGAAGAAGAAGAUGAAGAAAAGAAGGCAAAAACUAAAAAGGUGGAGAAAACUGUCUGGGAUUGGGAACUUAUGAAUGACAUCAAGCCAAUAUGGCAGAGGCCUUCUAAAGAAGUUGAAGAAAAUGAGUACAAAGAAUUCUACAAGACUUUCUCCAAGGAUUAUGAAGAACCAAUGACUUACAUACACUUCACUGCUGAAGGAGAAGUGACGUUCAAGUCUAUUCUGUUUGUACCAGCCAAUGCUCCACGAGGUCUUUUUGAUGAAUAUGGUACCAAGAGAAAUGACUUCAUAAAGUUGUAUGUGCGCAGGGUGUUUAUUACAGAUGACUUCCAUGAUAUGAUGCCAAAAUAUCUGAACUUCGUCAAAGGAGUUGUUGAUUCUGAUGAUCUUCCAUUGAAUGUUUCACGUGAAACGCUGCAGCAGCACAAACUACUGAAGGUUAUCAAGAAAAAGCUUGUCCGCAAGACCCUUGAUAUGAUCAAGAAGCUGUCUGAUGAAGCCUACACUGAGAAGUUCUGGAAGGAGUUUGGUACAAAUAUCAAGCUGGGUGUGAUUGAAGACCACUCCAACCGUACACGUCUUGCUAAACUUUUGCGUUUCCAGACUUCGCAUCACCAAACUGAGCUUAGCAGCUUGGAGCAGUAUGUGGAGAGAAUGAAGGAGGGGCAAGAUAAAGUUUAUUUCAUGGCUGGUCCCAGCAGGAAGGAGGCAGAGACCUCUCCUUUUGUUGAGCGUCUUCUGAAGAAGGGCUACGAGGUGCUCUACUUAACAGAACCUGUGGAUGAGUAUUGUAUCCAGGCUUUACCAGAGUUUGAUGGAAAAAGGUUCCAAAAUGUUGCCAAAGAAGGUUUGAAGUUUGAAGAAAAUGAGAAAUUGAAAGCAAAAUGGGAAGCACUGGAAAAAGAAUAUGAGCCACUUACAAACUGGAUGAAAGAGAAGGCACUUAAGGAUCAGAUAGAAAAAGCAGUUUUGUCUCAGCGCCUUUUGGAGUCGCCUUGUGCUCUUGUCGCUAGUCAGUAUGGAUGGUCUGGCAACAUGGAAAGGAUCAUGAAAGCACAAGCUUAUCAAACUGGAAAAGAUAUUUCUACAAACUACUAUGCAAGCCAGAAAAAAACUUUUGAAAUUAACCCAAAGCAUCCACUAAUUAAGGAACUGCUCCAUCGUGUCAAGGAAAAUGAGGAUGACAAAACGGCUGCUGAUCUUGCUGUAGUCUUAUUUGAAACUGCAACCUUAAGGUCUGGGUAUCAUUUGGCCGAUACCAAGCAGUAUGGAGAUCGAAUUGAACGAAUGCUGCGCAUGAGUUUGAACAUUGACCUUGAUGCAGAGGUAGAAGACCUAGAUGAUCCGGAAGAACCAUCGGAAGAAACCGAACGUGAAGAGGAAGUGAAAGCAGAUGAUGAUGAGCAGAAUGACAAUGCUGCAGAUAAAGAGGAUACAGAAACUGCGGAACCCACAGAUACAAAAGAUGAAUUGUAACACCACGAUGGAGCACCACUUGGGCAAUGAAGUGAGGGCAUAUGUGUGAAUAUUUGUCUAGGGUGGACUUGUAAAUUUUGGGUUUUGGGCGAAGGAGGGUUUUUUAAGUUUACUUUUUCUUUUACACUUUCAGAGUUGUAAAUUUGUACUAUUUAACUGACAAUGUGAACUGUUCAAAAAAAUAAAAUGUUUCAAACCAGUAAUCUUUAUGUAUCCUUUGUUCAGGGCACCCUUCUCCCUUUACUAUUUGAGGUUUACUUGCAAAUAUAUAUUGUGACCUACAACUUUUUAAAGAAAAUUGUGUAUAUGUACAGCAGAUUUACCAUCUCUGGAUGGUAAUUUUUUAAGCAGGUCUACCAAAAUAAGACAAAUGGAUGGGGGGGAGGUUUCACUGGUGGGAGGGGGUUGAUUUGAAGCAGCCGUUGGACCACAUGAAAAGAUCACACUAUUAUAUCUAAAGAUGUUUAUUUCUUUGUUUCAGUGAAAGUAAUGUAUGUUUGUAGAAAACAAAAUAAAGCCAUUUCACAAAUUG